AUGUGCACCGGCGGGUGUGCCAGGUGCCUGGGGUGCAUCCUCCUGUUGCUUUCCAUCAUUGCCUUCCUGGCUAACGCCCUGCUGUUUUUACCUGGAGGAAAAGAGACAGACAACACCAGCCACCUUUCAGAAGAGGUCUGGUAUUUCGGAGGAAUAUUGGGAAGCGGGUUCUUGAUGCUCCUCCCUGCUAACAUAUUCUUGGACCUGAAUUACAAUGACUGCUGUGGGUGCUGUGGCAACGAGAAAUGUGGGAAGAGAUUUGCGAUGUUCACCUCCAUAAUAUUUGCUGUGAUUGGAUUCUUGGGCGCUGGAUACUCAUUUGUCAUCUCAGCCAUCGCCAUCAACAAAGGUCCUAAAUGUCUCAUGGAAAAUGGCCAGUGGGGCUACCCCUUCCACAAAAGGGAUUACCUCAGUGACAAAACCUUAUGGAGCAAGUGCUUGAAGCCUGAAAACGUGGUGUCCUGGAAUCUCACCCUCUUUUCCAUUCUGCUCGGCAUAGCAGUGAUCCAGAUGUGUCUCUGUGCCCUCCAAGUGCUCAACGGCCUCCUGGGGACAGUGUUAGGAGACUGCUGUGGGAUUUAUGAGGAAAAAGAGUGA